GGUUGCAAAACAGCUCAGGUCGAACCUGGUCGAGCUACCAGCACGCUAGCAGGCAAGCAGCCGGAACGGAUGAACGGAAUGGGAAAGAACCAAGAAGUUUGUAUGUGUAUGCUGUUUAUGUACUGUCGUCCUGUCUCCUGUCUCGCUCAGUUCGCUCGUCUAGCUGUCUGCUGUGAGCAGCAGUGAGCAGUCGUGAAUGUGAAUUUACCAUCUCUUUUAGUCUGUGUCUUAAAAGUUGACUGGCUGCUGCUCAGUGCUGCUCAGUGCUGCUCAGUGCUCACUACAAUACUACAAAUAAACCCAACAGUUUUUAGUUCUUGUUAUUUUUCUAUUAUUUAGUUUAAGCUGGUUAUUGGUGGUUAUUAUUACUUUUUAUCAUUAUAAAAUGUUAUCACACUUAUCAGUUUAUAAUGGUUUAAAUACUGGAACUUGUGUUUUUUUUAUUUUUAAUAAUUAUAUUAUUUAAAUUAACUAGUAAAAGAUUAAUAGUGUUGAAUAGUUCCUUAUAAUGAUAUGUGAUAUAAAAAAAAAUUAUAAAAAACAAAGACCAGAUUGAUUUAUUUGACUUAUAAAAUUAAUUGCUCCGUAAACAAACAAUCAAAAAAACAAAAAUAAUAAAAAAAAAUUGACUCGAAUAAAGAGUACACGUGCGGUGGUCCAGGUGGUCCAAGUGGUCCAGGUGGUCCAGGUGGUCCAGGUGGACCGGAUAAACCGGGUGGUGAUAGUCUUUGGUCCUUGUGUAGUGAGUGGAUUUAUUAUUGGAACUGGGAACAGAUAAUUUCGUGGUGCCUACUCAGUGUAGUUUAUUUCGUGAUAUUACUACUUGUAAUGUUAGGAGUACUCAAACGACGUUGGAAACCUUCUAAAAGGUCCUCCAAUGGACGAGGAAAUGAAUCAUCCAUUAGCUCGGAUUUUGUCUUGGAUAAACCACGUUCUGUCCCUUCACCAAGGCAAAUUCAUCCCCUGUACGGUGAAAAGGCAGGUCUUUUGGGAUAUUAUGACGCAGUCGGUAAUACGGAAAAUUUUCCACCAGCCCCUAACAUUGUUGUUGAGGGUGGUAGAAUUGAGUUUGUACGACCUUCACAAGAGGGCACUAUUAGCAAAAAAAAUUUAGUAUCUCGGGGUUCACAAACUUGUGUCGAGCAGCUAGAAAAAUCUGAUUCUGCAAAGGAGAGUCUUGAAGAGAGAAUCCGAGAAUUGGAAAAAAUUUUACAAAAUGAACGAGCGGCAGCCCUUCGAGAUCGCACCACAAUUACUAAACUACAAUUAAGAAGGGAGGCGACACAACGAGAUGUGGAACGAGAACGUCGACUACGACUGGAAGCCGAGUCACGGGUACGAGACGCUACGGCUGAAGCGGAACAUGCUCGGGCGAGGGUACAUCAUCUUCAACGCGAACUUUCAAGGAUGGAAGAAUCAUCCCGGGGAUUGCUACAGCAAAAACAAAAAGUGGAUCAGUUGAAACAAGAAAGAACAGCACUUACAAUUUCUUAUGAGACCCGUAUACAUCAAUGUCAAGCACAGAUAUCCAAAUUGCAACUAGAAAAUGAGUCGAUACGAGGACAAUUGAGGGGCUUAGAGGCUGCUUGUGUUGGUGAAGUACAUGCUGCUCUUGUUGCUAGGCUUGCAACUUUAGAAACUGAACACGUUGCUCUUGCUAGAGAUGCGGAUGCUCAAAGAAGACAAUAUGAAAGAUGUCUUGAUGACGUUGCUAAUCAAGUUGUUCGAGCACUACUCUCUCAAAAGGGUUUAAGAGAAGAAAUAGGAACACUUCAAAGGCGUAUACGUGAAUUAGAAACUCAAAAUCGAGCACUUUCUGAAUUAUUAGCUCAAACAACGACAACGACAACAACAACAACAACAACAACAGGGAGUACAGAAAAUAAAUCAUCAGAACUAAUUAGAGGUAUCAUUGAAGCAGGGCCUAAUGCAUUAGUUGCUGCAUUAGGAUUUAACAAUAGUGCAUCUUGGGUUCCAUUACCAAGACCACGAUCACUCAAUCUCAAAAUACCUACUGUUAUCACGGCCGCUAAAUAUAAACGCCAUCGAUCUAUAGGACACAAAGUAUCUGAAGAAGAAGGUAGUGAAAGUCCUGAGAGUAUUAACAGAGACGAAGGUUAUUCUACAAUGUCAUCAGAUGUCCAGGGUGAAGGUCCACGAGGUCAAGAGCCAUCAAGAGGAUUAGAAGAUCUUAAAGAAGCGACAGAUGAAACUGAAGCUGAUGUAUCUCCAGAUGCACGACUCAUUGCUUUAGAUACUGAAGAUCCAGAUAUUAUUUUUUUUCCUCUUAAUCUUACCGUUGGAAUAAACUCAAGACAUAGUUAUCCACCUUCUAAACAAAUACUCCCUUAUCAACAUGUUAUGCCAAGUUUUUCCGACAGUCAUCUUUAUCUAAAACUAACAACAUCAAACAUAAAAAGUUCACCAUGUUAUAAUAUUCAAAGUCCUACAGGAUCAUCAUCAUUAUUUUUUGUUGAAGAAGAUGGAUGGGAUACGGAUUAUGUUCAACAAUGGUUAAGGUUAGAUGAUUCAAGAAGUGCUCAACAGCAUCGUGAUCUAUUGGAAUUAGAGUACGAUAGAGCAGAACUAGAAGAUUGGAGUUUCUCAUUGUCAACAGAUGAUUUAAGAAGUGAGUCAUCAUCGUCAUUAAUUUGGAAAGAAGAAAAUCGUAAUACUUUUAUAUCAUCAUCAACACUUACAGCUAUCAAAGAACAAAAUCCUAUUGAAUUGGAGGAAGAUGCUAAUGAAUGUCUAUGGAAUGGAGCUAGUUAUUUGGCUGAUCGUACUGGUGGAGAAUUAGUUGCACUUUUAAUGGAUGCUAGAACGACAGGUCCUUGGCCUUAUGCUUCAAGUCCUGGUGCGUCUUGGAGUAGUGGUGAAGAAGGUAUUCUUGAGAGUUCCAGUAAAAGAUCAUCAACAGCAUUAUCAGGUUGUGGCAGUGAUGAUCCGGAUUCACCCUCAAUCGGCACCGACUUUACACGUGAUUUUUAUCGGCUAGUAAAAUUUGAAAGUACCAAGAGCCUUGCCAGCACGUCUUCCAAAAGUGGCAAACCAUUGCCGCCUGAUCGAGAACAAGCGCUUCAAAGUGUCUUAUCUUUUAUUGCAGAACAACAAAUGUACCUCACUGAAAUGCCAAAUAAUUCCGAUAAUAAAAAAUUUGACCAAACUCAUAUUCAAGUUUUAGACUAUGAUUAUAAUACGAAAAAUGAGUCGACAAUAAUAUCAUCACCGUCAUUAAAUGAACAACAACAAGUGUCAUUUGAAAAAUGUGAAAGAAAUCCAGCUUACUGUUGUUGCUUUGAAUCUUCAGAUAAAAUAUCUGCCAAUAUGUCUAGUUAUAGUAGCAAUAGUAUUAAUCGUUGUAAUUUCUUGGAACCCUAUGAGGGAAUUAAAACUGCUGAAAAUUUACAUCAAGAUAAAAUUAUUAUUGAACCUUGUGAUGUCAGUACUAGUAUCAACAGCAACAACUUCAAUGCUAAUCAACUCAAUUUUUCGACUUUAACUACAUCUUCUUCUACAAUAACAACAAUAGCAACAGCAGCAGCAGCAACAAUAACAACAACAACAACAACAACAACAUCAACAACAACAUCAUCAACAACGACAACAGAGCUAGGUGCAGUACCUGAAGAGGAUGAAGAGGCCGUAACUUCAUCGACUCCUAGUACAGUUGUGAGUCCGGUAAGAACAUCAUUAUUUAUUGAGGGACUAAAUCAAUCUUUGAGCUUCCACGAGCGUGCUACUUCUAAAGACGUUAUUAACGAACUAAAUAGGAUGAUAAGAAAAGGCGAGGAUAAUCAAAUAAAUAACCAAGAUUCAUCAAUUAAACAAGUUAAAACAUUGGAAAAACUUGAUCUAGCCUGCUGCUGUCCCACUGGAUGGGUUCACGUUGAACGUGAUAUUGACUUUACCGACCCAAAGGCUAGAGCGAAUCUUUUAGACGUGAUGUUAGCUAGCAGUGAAAGCUCUUCAGCGGCGUCGAGUAGUGCAGGAUCUGCUGCAGGCAGUGAUUCAGGUGAUGAGCCUUUACCUGAUUAUCGUUAUCUUCAUCGACUCCAUCGUUAUCGUCGUCAGAAGAAAGCAACAGCAGUUCAAGCCCAUCGUUUUUUACGGAUAUCAUCAACCUGGAACACUUCUUCAAGACCUUCUAUCAUUGAACGUGGUCAAAAUUUCUUUGUAAGAUACGGAGAAAAGGAACGUCAAGCAGUGGCAUAUUUUGACUUUCUUGAUGAGAUUAAUUCACAGUCAAUAUUAUCAUCAUCAUCAUCAUCAUCAUCAUCAUCAUCAUCAUCAUCAUCAACAGCAUCAACAACUGAUGAACUUGAAAAUUUUGUUCCUAGCACAAACUAUAUGAAAGUGUCGCCACUUUAAAAAAUUUGUGAGAGUAAUUUUUUUAAAUUUAAUGAAAAGAAUAAUAAAUAAAGGAGCUUAGAUUGAAACAUAAUACAAAUAGAAUAAAGUUUAAUUUUUAAAUAGAAAUUUAUGAUAAAUUAAUUAAUAAAUUGGGUAUUAAAUUAUUUAUUUAAUAUUUAUAUAGAUUAUUAGUUUAUAAUUUGACUUUAUGUAUGUAAAUAUAUUGUAUUGGCAACUAUUCUAUAUGUAUUAAAAAAAUAUAUAUAAACUUUAAUUUAUAACUAAAAAUAAUUUAAAUAAGACAAUUAACAAUAUUAAAAAAUAUAUUAGUAACAUGUUGUGGUAAUUGUGUGUUAAAAAAAUAGAAUAAUAUUAUUUAUAAUUCAAUUUUUUAGUUUAUAUAGUAAUAUACACAGAAAAAGUCUGAUAGGGUAUUUUAAAUGUUUAAGAAAUUAUAAAUGAUAAAUUUAAAAAGAAAAAAAACAAAUCUUAUUAUUUCACAUCAUUCCUUUAUAAUAAAAAACAAAAAAAUUUUGUUU